GUCCGCUCAUUUGUCCGCACUUUCCGAACCUUGAACAUCCCGCUGGACGCCCUGGUCUGCAACGCCGCUGUUUACUUCCCAAACGCUCACAAAGAGGGAGCCUUCUUUCCGGGACUCUUCCCAGGGGGUGGCCCCAGAUGGUCAGCAGAUGGCCACGAGUUGAGCUUUGCAGCAAACUACCUGGGUCACUUCCUUCUUUGCAACCUCCUGCUGGAAGACCUUCAGAAGAGCAGUAUGAAGCCGGCGCGUUGCAUUAUCUUGGGCACUGUGACUGCGAGCAUCAACGACAAAGAGGUUGGCGGCAUGAUUCCGCCGGUCGCUGACCUUGGUGACCUUUCAGGCCUGGAAGCUGGAAUGCAGAAGCCGGUGUCGAUGAUUGACAAUGGUCGCUUCAACGGUGCGAAGGCGUACAAGGACAGUAAGGUCUGCGACGUCAUGUUGAUGAGGGAGCUGCACAAGAGGUAUCAUGAGAAGACGGGCGUGUGCUUUUCGUCUCUCUACCCAGGCUGCAUUGCUGAGACAAAUCUUUUCCGGGAGCACUAUCCAGUUUUCAGGUUUUUGUUUCCCAUCCUGCAGAAGGAGGUCACAAACGCGUACGUGAGUGAAACAGAGGCAGGAAGAAGACUGGCUAAAUGCGUGGCCGACCCUGCUUACGCUCAAUCAGGUGUGUACUUCAGCUGGGGUGGUGAGUCCGGGACUGGCGGUGCAGGAGGUACAGACGCGGUGGAAAACAUGGACGCCAGCAACGACAAGUUCUUGCAGUACGGCAGCUUCCGGACGUUGAAGGAAAACGAAAUCGGUGGAGAAGCCGGGGAUGAUGAUAGGUGUAGGAGGCUGUGGAACCUCAGCGAGAAGUUGGCCAAGCCACGGAGACGCGUCGUGUGCGCAGCAUCCCGUGGGAAGACCUCGCGCACGGGAGCCAAGCGUGGAUUACACUCAGCGGGGUCGGUGCUAAGCACUGGAACCGUGACGGUGAGCGAUGGUUUUGAGUUGUAUUACGAGGAGCAUGGCAGCUCCAAAGGGAUUCCCGUAGUUUUUCUACACGGAGGGCCGGGCGCAGGCAGCUCGCGCCGAAUGGCGCAGUUGUUUGAUUCUCAGAAGUACCGUAUACUCCUGUUCGACCAGCGCGGUUGUGGCAAGAGUUCAAAGAAAGACUCCAGCAACGCGGAGGACCAGCUUGAGGGAAACACUACCUGGCAUUUAGUCGAGGAUCUCGAAGUUCUUCGUGCUCAUUUGAAGAUCGACCGCUGGGUGGUCUGUGGUGGUUCCUGGGGAACCUGCCUGGCCCUGGCGUAUGCCUCCAAGCACCCGCAGAAUGUCCUGGGCAUGGUCCUUCGUGCUGUCUUCCUCUUCCGGAACGAGGAGCUCGAGUAUUUCUGCGGCCCGGAAGGGGACGCCCGAUCCAAAUCCAGAGGAGCCUGGGACAGGUUUGCAGGCUGGUUGCCCUGGGCGAAGACACGAUCUGCACGCACAAUUGCUUCAGCAUUCCGCAGAGCUGCUCUGGGAGAGGACUCGUCCAUCUCGCCAUCUGAUGCGCUGUCAAAAUGGCGGGCCUGGGAAAACCAUCUCUUCUCGCAGCGUGCAACUGAUUUGCGGCUCAAAGCUUCGAGCUUGCAAUCGGACCUACCUGCGGCGACACCUCCGAAAGCACCAUGGCCAAAAGCGAGUAAGUUCAAUGUACAGGCCUUGCUCACGCUGCAUUACGUGGCCGAGAGAGGCUUCUUUCCUGAAGGCAGUGAGUUGCUAGACUCAGCUGUGUCCUUCAAUUUUCCGUUGAAACUUGUUCAUGGCAGGAAUGAUUGCAUCUGUCCAGUGGCCAACGCAAAGGACCUUGCGAGGGCAGUUGGCCCUGAGGCUGAGUUGUUGCUCACCGAUGGUGGCCACUCGCAGUGGGAUUCAGAGAAUAUCGAUGCGUUUGUUCGUGCCACUGAUCAGGUGGCUUCUGAGUGUUUGGUUUCUUCGUGA